AUGGUCAUUCAUUGGGAUUUAUUUUUUCAAGUAUUUUUCCUGGUGCUGGCCAAAGCAAGUCUGAAGAGUGUCAGAGAAUCUGGGAGCUGUAAACUCACCAAUAAACAAAGCCAGUUAAACUCCUUUCUUUGGACUAUAAAACGUGACCCUCCCUCAUACUUCUUUGGCACUAUUCAUGUUCCUUAUACAAGGGUUUGGGAUUUUAUCCCAGAGAACUCCAAGAAAGCAUUCCAACAGAGCAAUAUUGUCUACUUUGAGUUGGACUUGACAGACCCCUACACAAUUUCUGCUCUGACCAGUUGCCAGAUGUUGCCUCAGGGGGAAAACCUACAAAGUGUCCUUCCUAGGGACAUUUAUCGCAGACUGAAACGCCAUUUAGAAUACGUUAAACUCAUGAUGCCCUCUUGGAUGACUCCAGAUCAAAGGGGGAAGGGGCUUUAUGCGGAUUAUUUAUUCAAUGCGAUAGCUGGGAAUUGGGAAAGAAAAAGACCUGUAUGGGUAAUGCUGAUGGUGAAUUCUUUGACGGAGAUCGAUAUUAAGGCAAGAGGGGUCCCAGUGUUGGAUUUAUACCUUGCUCAGAAAGCUGAGCGUCUCAAGAAAAGAACAGGAGCAGUAGAAAAAGUGGAAGAGCAAUGUCAUCCGUUGAAUGGGUUGAACUUCUCCCAGGUAAUAUUUGCAUUAAAUCAGACUCUCUUGCAGCAAGAGAGCCUUCGAGCAGGCGUCCUACAGGCUCCUUACACCACAGAAGACCUCAUCAAACAUUACAACUGCGGAGAUCUCAACUCAAUUAUUUUCAACCAUGAUUCUUCACAGGUUCCCAAUUUUAUUAAUGCUACCUUACCAAGUCAAGAAAGAAUAACUGCACAAGAGAUCGAUAAUUAUUUCCGACAAGAGCUGAUAUACAAGAGAAAUGAGAGGAUGGGGCACAGAGUUAAAAAUCUUCUCGAAGAGUUCCCGGACAAAAGCUUUUUCUUUGCGUUCGGGGCAGGACACUUCUUAGGAAACAAUACAGUCAUUGAUGUGCUAAAACGAUAUGGCUACAAUGUGCAACACACACCUGCUGGCAGGUCAAUCCUCAAUGGUAAAAAUAAAAAAGUAGUGCAGCCAUCCAAGCUCCCGUCAUCAUCAAUGCCUGUUGAUUGGUUAUCUCCACCAUGCACGGAUGCUUCUAGAACAAAACAGACUGAACAUAAUCACAAAGAUUCCGCAACAUUGCCCAAGUUAUUACUAUCAGAAAAUCUUGAUAUGAUGGACAAGAGUGAAAGGAAGUACAAAAAGAAGAAGCCACGAAAGGAAAAACAUCGACAUUUCAGUGACCUCUGGGUUCGCAUUCAGGAAAGUGCCACAGAGUCUCCUCCGCAAAUUCGGAUUAUUAACGGAUACAUUACAGUGGAACCUCAGCCAAGAGAGCAUGGAAAAGACAACUACGCACAGCCCGCCAAAAGCAGUUCCUUCAUCCAAUUCAUUCUACCUCCCUUUUUACUGUUGGCUUGGUGUCUUCAACAAAUGGUGGUUUCACAGUGAUGAUUUGUAAAGAUGAAGAAACAUUAUAAAUGCAAACUGACACCCGAGGACAUUCACGUAAAAGGAUCACAUUGUUUCUGCCAGCACUGGAAAAUAUUUUAUGGCAUUAAACUGCUUAGCAAACAUUGCCCUGAAGCUCUACUUUGAAUCGGACCUCUAAUAUUAUUUACUGGUUAAUACGGAAUAUAUGUCUUUUGUUUGAAAAGUCAUUAUAUUUUUCUUCCCUUGAAGAAGAAUGAUUUCAUGUUAAUCCCAUAAUGCACUUGGGAAAUGUAAAAUGUUACUGUAACA